AUGCUUCGCCUGACCUCUGACAAGUUCCCCGUCUUCGUGCCAUUCGGGGUCAUUGGCUUCUAUCGAUACUUGUGGUACCUAAUCCGUAUUGUCGCCUCUCUGGUCUACCGCCCUAUCCCCAUCCCCGAAAACCCGACGUACAUCGCUGAAGAGGAUGUCACGAUCAUCGUCCCCACCAUCGACGCCGGCGAGGAGUUCAAGGAGGCUGCACACUCCUGGCUCGUAGGCAAGCCCAAGGAGAUCAUCAUCAUCACCGAGGAGAAGAUGCUGGGCCCCCUCCAGGACCUCGCCAACGCCGUCGACCCCGAGCGCAUCCGCGUACUCACCGUCCCCUUCGCCAACAAGCGGCUCCAGAUGUCCCACGGCAUCAAGAACACCACCACGGACAUCAUCGUCUUUGCUGACGACGACGCUAUCUGGCCCCCCACCCUCCUCCCCUCCGUCCUCGCAUGCUUCGAGGACCAGAAGGUCGGCGGUGUGGGCACGUCCCAGCGCGUGCAGCCCGUCGGAAAUUCGAUGACGGUCUGGGAGGUUCUCGCCGCCUUCCGGCUCUCCAUCCGGAACAUCGAGAUCAUGUCCUCGACCCACAUCGACGGCGGCUUGCCGUGCCUGUCUGGCCGUACCGCCGCCUACCGCACCGUCAUUCUCAAGGACCCCGAGUUCCUCCACGGCUUCACCCACGACUACUGGCUCGGGAAGUACCAGCUCAACUCCGGCGACGACAAGUUCCUCACCCGGUGGAUGGUCAGCCACGGCUGGAGCACCUACGUCCAGUGUUGCAAGGAGGCGGAGCUGCUCUCGACGAUGAAGCCCAACUGGCGUUUCCUCAAGCAACGCUACAUCUGGACCUCACACCCAUACGUAGCGUACACGAUGGUCGACAAGCUUUUCAACCCCAUCACGCUACUUGCAGGCCCAUUCUUCGUCGGUGUUGUCGUCUACAAGUCGACGAUCCCGGUGGAGCAGGGUGGUUUCCACUUGCCGUGGUGGCUGGAAGCCUUGACGAUUCGGAUGCGCAGGAAUGUCGUCGUCUCCUACUUCGUGUGGCUGUUUGCAACCCGUACCGCGAAGCUGCUCCCCCAUCUCUGGAACCGGCCGCAGGACAUAAUUCAUCUUUACGCCCUCUUCACGCUUCACGAGACUGGUUGGGGUACCCGUGCGGGUAUUGGUGAUGCGCGUGCUGCCACCGCUGCUGCGGACGGUCCUGCUCCGGCGGCCCCGGCGAACCAGGGUUACACGGAGAAGCUGCCAUCGACGCCGAGCUACCCGCAGUCCCAGUACCCUGGACAGCCGUUCUCGCCCAACCCGCCACAACAGCAGCAGUACUACCAGCAACCGGCUGUGGAGUUGCAGUCCGGUUACGCGCGGUGA